ACAAUUAUAUAUAUUUAAUAAAUAAAUGAUGAUACUAAUAAAAAACAAGUAUGUAUUUGAUAAUAUUUUACAUAAUUCAAAUAAAACAAAAAAUUCGAUAUAUCAAUGCACCAUCUGACGUAAAAUAUGGAAUUAAAAUUGUAGGCAAAUUUUCUUAAGCUCAAAAGUUCAAAAAGAGUCAAUAGAUGUACUUAUAUGUAUGCAUAUGUAAGAAGUAACAGGUUAUGUUUGUCCAAUUCACGUGUUCGGCUUUGAUAAAUUGUGUAAAUACUCUAUGAUAUUAAUUAGAUUAUUUAUAAAUAAUCUUUAAUAAGAGAUAAUUUAAUGCCAAAUAUAUAAAAGAAUAGAAAAAUAUACAUAUCUUUUAUAUAAGCUUUGGUAAAAUAUAAAUACAAUUUAAGUUUGUAUCAAAGCAAGUUAGUGUGUUCAAUUAUUUAUUAAUAUACAAUUGAAUUCAUUGUAUUUAUUGUUUAAAAAUUCAUCGUUUUUAAUGAAAUGGGGCGAAAGGCGAAAUUCGAUAAAACAGAUUUACCUAGUAGCAAAGGUAAAGGUAAAGGUAAAAAAGCAAAAAAGCAGGGAGAUCCCGUAUUUACUAAAUUAGCAGUAAAAAAUGAAAGCGCAUUGAGUCAUCGUCAAAAACAAAGAGCUAAGAAAAGAUUAUUGAAGAAACAAAAAUUAAAAGAAAAUGUAAAAAAUAUACAGAAACUCAAAGACACAGAGAACGGUGUGCAAAUUAAACAGGGUAUAAAUAAAAAUAAAGUUAAUUCAAUAAAAAAUGAUAUCGCUGAGAAUAUAAACAGUGGUAUGAAAAUUAAUAAAGAAAACGUAUCGUUAAAUAAAAGUAAUAAAAUACAAAACAAGCUAAAAAGAAAACAAGAAAUCAAACUUUCACCAAAAACUGUGAAAGAAAAAAAUAUACAAUCUGACAAAUUAAAAAAUAAUAAUACAGAAACUCAUAUUGUAUCUGAUGAUAAACAAUGCAAUGGAAAUAAGAAAUCUAAGAAAAUAAAAAACAAAUCAUUAAAAAGUACUGCGAAAGCAACAAGUAAUAAUAGAAAGUCUAGUUUAAAUGUCGAAAGUACCGAUAUGGAAAUUGAGAGUAAAAGUGAAUCAUUAACUACAUCCAAUAAAAACAAUAAAAGAACUAAAGGUAAGGCAUUAGCUCUUACUAAAAAAGUAAAAAGUGAUCAUACAGAUUCAGGUAAAGAAAAAAAUGAUAUAAAAAAUAAUAGCCAAAACAAAAAAUUGAAUAUAAAUAAUACAGUACAAAAUAAGAAAUUAAAAAAUGCAAAGAAACUGUUGAAUAAUGAUACAGAGGAAGAAACUGAUGAUAUGGAAUCUAGCGAAGAAAAUGAAGACAAUGUAAAAAAUAAUAGCCAAAACAAAAAAUUGAAUAUAAAUAAUACAGUACAAAAUAAGAAAUUAAAAAAUGCAAAGAAAUUGUUGAAUAAUGAUACAGAGGAAGAAACUGAUGAUAUGGAAUCUAGCGAAGAAAAUGGAGACAAUAUAAAAAAUAAUGACCAAAAGAAAAAAUCGAAUAACAAUAAAGCAAUACAAAAAAAGAAAUUAAAGAACGCGAAGAAAUUGUUGGACGAUGAUACAGAAGAAGAAACUGAUGAUAUAGAAUCUAGCGAGGAAGAUGAAGAAACUGGAAGUAUGGAUGAUGAUGAAGAAGAUGAUUUAUUGCCUAUAGAAAAGGCAAAUAAAAAGUUAAAAAAGAGAAAAGAAAUAGAAGAGCAACUUGCAGAAGCAGAAAUGCAAGAAAUGACAAAUCAACGUAGUGUUUUUUCAUUUCCCACGGAAGAAGAAAUUGCUGAUGUUACAGAUUUGAAAGAAAUACAACAACGUAUACGAGAUGUUAUGAUGGUAUUAUCAGAUUUUAAAAAUUUACGAGAAGAAAAUAGAUCACGUUCAGAGUAUUUAAAAUUGUUUCAACAUGAUUUGUGCACAUAUUAUAGCUAUAAUAAUUUUCUUAUGGAAAAAUUAAUGCAAAUGUUCCCAUUAGACGAGUUACUUGAAUUCUUAGAAGCGAGUGAAGUACAGAGGCCUAUGACUAUUCGUACAAACACAUUAAAAACUCGACGUCGUGAUUUGGCAGAAGCGUUGAUCAACAGAGGUGUUAAUCUAGAUCCUCUAGGAAAAUGGACAAAAGUUGGAUUAGUAGUAUUUUCAUCGCAAGUACCAAUGGGUGCAACUCCAGAAUACUUAGCAGGACAUUAUAUUAUUCAAGGCGCAUCAAGUUUUCUCCCUGUUAUGGCAUUAGAUCCUAAAGAAAACGAAAGAAUUCUAGAUAUGUGUGCAGCACCAGGAGGAAAAUCUUCUCAUAUUGCUGCAAUCAUGAAAAAUACAGGCGUUCUAUUUUCUAACGACGUCAAUCAACAAAGAAUAAAAGCUGUUGUUGGUAAUUUUCAUCGACUUGGAAUUGUCAAUUCUGUUAUUUGCAGUUAUGAUGGAAGAAAAUUACCUUCUAUUAUGAAAGGAUUUGAUAGAGUGUUAUUGGAUGCUCCUUGCACUGGUACUGGUGUUGUUGCUAAGGAUCCUAGUGUAAAAACCAAUAAAGAUGAAGUGGAUGUACAACGUUGUUGUACUUUACAAAGGGACUUAUUACUAGCAGCUAUAGAUUGUGUUAAUGCUAGGUCUGAGUCGGGUGGUGUUAUAGUUUAUUCAACAUGUUCAGUCCUUCCGGAAGAAAAUGAAUGGAUUAUUGAUUAUGCUUUGAAAAAACGCGAUGUCAAAUUAGUUCCCACUGGUCUAGAAUUUGGUGCUGAUGGUUUUAUAAAUUAUAGACAACAUAGGUUUCAUCCUUCUCUUAAAUUGACCAAACGUUUUUAUCCACACUCUCACAAUAUGGAUGGAUUUUUUGUAGCCAAAUUUAAAAAGUUUUCUAAUAUUAUUCCAAAACAAGAACAAAUAACUGAAACGUCGGAAUAAAAAUUAGGUAAACAAUUUAACAUUAUUUCCAAUGAAAAACGUUAUUACAUAAUUACUACAAUAGAUACAUAUGUAAGACAUUAAAAAUUCAUUUGUUAAUUUUCAAUAUUGAUAUUAAAAAUGUCAAUAUGAUAUA